UCUUAUUGUACUGGUUACUUCAGAGUUAUUUUACGUUCAAUCUUACUGAAUGGAAAACGCAAAUCACAUACUUCUCGGCUAUAGCGCGUUUCACGUUACUGCUAGUAGAAUGCAAAUUGCAAAGUGAAACAAGAAAUUUAAGGAAGAAAGCUGCAGUGAAAUAAUUAAAAGGGGUUAGCUAGUGUGUGCCGACUAAAUGCUUGAAAAUUACUCUUAUGAAAGCAGCAAGGUUUUGUGGCUUGAUUUAACAGGAAAAAGAUUUGCUUUGCCCAAUAGGAAGAGUUAGCAAGACUAAAGGGAAGUAAAAGUGGUCUUCGGAUCCGAGUAAAGUGGUGGGAUUAUCUGCGUGCAACAUAAGGACUGAUUCUGCUGUGUAAAAUGCAACCAAGAAGGAGGGAAGAAAUUGAAGGAUGAAACACAAAGGGGAAGAGAAAGAGAAGUGGAAUGAUGAUAAACAGUGGACGUACAGUACUACAAAGAUACUUGCAGCAGCUGAUCCCUAUGGCAGCCAGGGGACUGUUGCACAUGAAAAACUCACUUCUUUACAAUAUGAAUUGCAUCUGGCUGAUUAGAUUUUCAACAGAGAUUGUGCUCAGACCUGUGUCUUCUAGGCACUUCUGUCUGAAGACAGACAGUGCUGUUGCAAAGUCAUGCCAGGAGAAUGGCAUUCUAGUAAACAAUCUGGCAUGCAUGGGAGUGGAUGUCAAAAUGGCAAGAAGGCGACAACCUGGAGUUCUGAAGAAGCUGAUCACAAAUGAAGAGGGCCUCAAAAGGUUUCUGCAAAGCAAAGGGGCUACUAAUGAAGUCAUUGCCAGCAUCAUCUCACGUUAUCCACGAGCCAUCACACGUUCCUAUGAGUCUCUUGAAAAACGCUGGGAACUUUGGAGAAGUAUUUUGAUGACUGAUUUGGAAAUUGUAAAUAUUCUGGGACGUUCUCCUGAGUCUUUCUUUCGUUCCAGUAAUAACAUCAAUAUGGAGAAAAAUAUUACAUUUUUCUGUUCUCUUGGGCUAACCUCUAAACACCUUUGCAAUAUGUUGACUAGAGCACCUCGGGCAUUUUCUAACAGAGUGGAGCUGAAUAAACAGAUGACUGACCUCCUGCAUGAGAUCUGUUUGUCUUUAGGUGGUGAAAACCCAAAUGAUUUUGUGAAGCACAUCAUUUCUAAAAAUGUCUUCAUCCUCCUGCGGAGCAGCAAGCAAGUGAGCGCAAACUUUGAGUUCCUGCAAUCUUUCCAUCUGAGCAAUGAGGAAUUACUAGCUCUGCUACAUGGCUGUGGAGCUGACAUUUUGGACUUAUCUAAUGAAUAUAUCAAAAAAAACUUUACAAAUGCUAAAGAGAAGCUGUUAUCUCUUGGGUGCACUGAAAGAGAGGUGGAUAGAUUUUUCAUUAGCUAUCCACGAGUGCUCUUUCUUUCAUCCAAGAACCUCAGUGAUAAAAUAGAUUGCCUCUUGCAAGCAAAGAUUGACAUUAAACAAAUAGUUGAAAUGUCUCGUGUUCUGGAUGUAAGUAUCGGUACUGUAAGAAGCAGAGUCAAGGAACUGGAAAAAACUAAUUAUGACUUCAAAACCUAUGGAAUUGGCAUCCUUACUUUAAGUAAAAGGAGAUUUGAAGCUAAAUUGGAAAAAUUACAUAGUGCAUAGUGAUUAAUCAAGAGGACAGAAUCCAUUCUGUGAAAAUACAGGGUCAGAUUCUGAAAUUAAAAAACUUGAAAAAGGGUCCUGUUUUGUUAUUUUGAAACUUAUUUCAGAAUAAUUUGUGGUUACUUAGCACUGCUUAUUUAGGAUAAGUAAAUUCUCAGCUAUCACUAGCGGGGCGCUAUAGAGUGACCAGGAGAACCGUUUGGUGUCUUGCUUACCAGCUGUGAUGGUAGUGGAUCACAGAUAUUGAAAAGAGUGAGACUGUUUAGAGUGUACAUCAGUUGGAGGAGAGAAU